AUGUCAACUAUGUGGAGAGACUUGUUUGGGAGGAAGGAUGCGCAAGUAACUGUUGAUGAUGCCAUUGCCAUGCUAGAGGAUCCGAAUUUGGCUCAGUGGAAAAGGAUGCCCCUAGCUCUUAUAAUCUUGGUGGAAGGUGUUCUUAUAUGUCGUGACAAGCAUCUCGUAUUCACACCCUCAUACGUGGAUAUGCUAUGCGAUAUGAAUGGAGGGGAGGGUUCCAAGGAUGUCCGACACCAAAAAAGGCUAGAAAAGAAGGAGAAACAAGGAGUGAAACCUUUGCGCAGAGGAGUGCCAAAGAGAAAGAGGGGCCGUGAUAGUAGGGAUAGAUCGAAGAGUGUGAGGAAGCUGGGGAGAGGAAGUUCUUCCUCAGCAGGUGGUGCUGGAAAUUGUCGACGAGAUGAAGAGUGGAUGUUAGGCCAUCUGAACCAAAUGAAGGAAGCUCUUUUGGUAGUUGUGGCUGAAGAGAGAGAGAAGGGGAAGGAGAAAGUUGAAGGCGGAGGCUCAACAGACGGGAAAGAAAAUGCAAGGGCCGGUGCGAAAGGAAUAUUGGAAGACCUAGGGAACCUACUCCGGGACUCGGAAGCGGAACCGUUGUACAAGAAACCUAGGGUGGUGGGAUGGGAAGGGGAUGAUAAUUUGAAUAGAAUAUCGGAUGAGGAGGGGCAAGAGCGAACUGGAGUAGAUGAAGACACGAGUACGUGGAAGUAUUACGGUGGAACUCUGGAUGUGUUGGCUGAGUUAGGCGUUGAUAAACUAGACAGAGAUGGGAAUGUAGGACAAGAAUUGGGUGUUGGUGGGGAAAGAGGAACCGUUGUAGUUGACGGAGGAAAGACGAACCGUAAGGACGAGAAGGUGGUUGAUGCAGGGGACGAAGGAAAUGAGGACUUGUUGGUUGAAGAGAAAGAAAAUGAAGGAAGAGAUGAAUUGUUGGUUGAAGAGAAAGAAAACGAAAAGUUACGGCGGAGGAGGAGAUGGUUGAAAAAGAGGAUGACGAUUGCGAGGAAGGUGAUAAAGGCGGAACUCCAGAGAGCGAAGGAGUUAAGAAAUCAGAGACAGGCCAGGAAACGGAAGGAGGAGAUGGGAAAGAAAUGA